GGGAGGGGUGAAAGGUUAUUACUGCGUUCGAGCGUCGAGACGGUUGUUGCGUUGCUGUCGGUGUUUUCGAUCGUGGAAAAGACAUUUUUGGGGGUUGUUAAAAAAAAGAGAACUCUCUAGCGCCAGGGAUUGUCUACGCCGUUGGCGAGUGGGCUUUGUAUCGAUAGUUUACUCGCCUGUGGCUUUUUCCCCUGUUUGUAUUUUUACCCUCCUGCGCUCGCUGACGGGAUGCGCUCCUCCAAGAAACACAAGGAGAAGGACCGGGACCGGGACACGGAGGACCGGCACCGCGAGCACAGGAAGCACAAGCACAAGGAGAAGGACAAGGACAAGGACCGGGAGAGGGAGCGGGAUGGCGCCAAGGACCGGGAGAAGAGGAAGCGCUCCCGGUCCCGGGAGCGGGGCCGGGGCUCCGAGAGGGAGGGCCGGGGCAAGGCCGACAAGAGCGGCGCCGAGCCGCGGGUGAAGAAGGAGAAGACGGACGCCGGGUACGAGGAAGCGGCUGGUCCAAAGUCUGCCUCCGGGGAUGCCUCUCUCAGCAUCGAGGAAACAAAUAAGCUGAGGGCCAAGUUGGGUCUGAAGCCUCUGGAGCUGAAUGAGAAUAAGAAGGAGCUGGGCACGAAGGAGGAGCCUCUGGUCGCUGAGGUGAUCAACCCCGUGACGCUGAAGCACCAGGCGGAGAUCCGCGAGAAGCUGGCGGCCCUGAAGGAGAAGAGGCUGCUCAACCAGAAGCUGGGGUGUGCUGAGUUCCCUCCUCCCUCUCCCAGUAGGAUUGGGAGCUGUUCUGGUUCGGGCGGGAUGCAGGAAUUCUGGGAUGAGAUCUAUUUUAGGGAAGGGUGUAUUUUGAUCGGUGACGUACAGCCUCUCCUUGCUCCCCCCCAGCUCAAGCCGCGCUCGGUGCUGACGAAGUACGACGAGGAGAUCGAGGGCGAGAAGAAGAGCGGGUUCCGGCUCGGGGCGGGCGGCCAGGCCGAGGGCGUCUGGGAGAGGGAGCUGCAGGAGAUCCGCGAGACGCUGCGCAGCCAGGCGGUCAGCCUGGACGGGCCGGGCCUGAAGCCCGCCACGGAGUACUACACCCCGGACGAGAUGGUGACCUUCAAGAAGACGAAGAGGCGUGUGAAGAAGAUCAGGAAGAGGGAGAGCACGAAGACCGUGACGGUGGAGGAGCUGCUCCCCCUGGGGGAGGAGGCGCAGGGCUGCGACCACGGGUCCAGGACGCGGGGGCGCGGGAGACGGCCAGGCCAGGAGAAGGAGGAAGAGGAGAAGGAGGCGAGCGUGGCGCCGAAGGCCCCGGAUGUGCCGCAGCUGUCGGACGACACCCGCGUGGCGAACAUGGACAUCAGCGAGGACGAGGACUUCGAGCCCCCCGAGUCCGUGGCCAUCGAGGAGGAUGAGGCCGAGCUGGAGCUGCAGAAGCAGCUGGAGAAGCAGAGGCGCCUGCGACAGAAGCAGCGCCAGCAGGACUCCGUGGAGAAGGUGGUGGAGAUCGUGAAGAAGCUCGAGUCGAGCACCUCCCGGGACGACGACGACCCCGACCGGAAGAACAACAUCGUGUUCAACGCCACGUCCGAGUUCUGCCGGGCCCUGGGCGAGAUCCCCACCUACGGGCUCUCGGGGAACCGCGAGGACCAGGAGGAGAUCAUGGAUUUCGAACGGGAGGAGGAGCAGCUGGGAGACAGGGGCUCGGACUCGGAGCUGGACGAGAACGUGGGCUGGAGCAUGGUCAACCUGGACGAGGAGCAGAAGCAGCCUGACUUCUCCACGGCCUCCACCACCAUCCUGGACGAGGAGCCCAUCGUCAACUCCGGCCUGGCGGCUGCCCUGCUGCUCUGCAAGAACAAAGGACUGCUGGACACUCAGGUGCAGAAGGUGGCCCGGGUUCGAGCGCCCAAGGGCGCCCUGCCUAACGCCGUCUACUGCAUCGAGGACAAGAUGACGAUCGAUGACAAGUACAGCCGCAGGGAGGAGUACCGGGGCUUCACCCAGGACUUCAAGGAGAAGGACGGCUACAAACCCGACGUCAAGAUUGAGUAUGUGGACGACACGGGGCGCAAGCUCACCCCUAAAGAGGCGUUCCGGCAGCUGUCUCACCGUUUCCAUGGCAAGGGCUCUGGGAAGAUGAAGACGGAGCGCAGGAUGAAGAAGCUGGAGGAGGAGGCGCUGCUGAAGAAGAUGAGCUCCAGUGACACCCCCCUGGGCACCGUGGCCCUGCUGCAGGAGAAGCAGAAAUCCCAGAAGACCCCCUACAUCGUUCUGAGUGGGAGUGGGAAGAGCAUGAACGCAAACACCAUCACGAAGUAGCCCAGGGGGAGGGCCGGGGGGCCCCUCUGAGGACUGGCUCGCUGGGAGAGAGAGAGGAAGGACCGCUCUUCCUCUCCGGAGAGGGCGGCACAGGACAAGACUGCGAGACCCGCCUGCCCUCCUUUUAAGAAGCAAGAGCAAUCCCGCCCCCGUCCUGUUCCUGUUGGCCUCCUCCUGCUCCUCUCGUGAUUUCAAUUCGCUCGUCUCUUGUUCUGUUUCGGCACCUCGGCUGGUUCACCCUCCCCCCACCAAAAAAAAAUUCCUAGAGUCUUUCUGUCCCCGAAUGUCUGUCUAUGGACACACCCUGACUGUCUUACUCCUUUGACCUCUCUGUGGCAAGAGAAUCAAGGGCUACUCUGCUGUGUCCAUGGGUACAGAUGAGAAACGUGAGGCACUGGGGAUGAAGUGUUGAAAUGAUGUGAAAGUAUGUUUCCGUGGUGGGGAGCAGUGUUCUUUAAAAAACCGUGGUCAUGUACUGGUGUGAGCCCCAGACCAGCCUGCUUUUAUUCCACUGUUUGUAUAUGUACAUACAUGAUGGGAUUUUUCUCUUUAUCAAUAUAUUAUAUCCUGUAGGUCUGUUUUUAUGCCCUGAACCAGAAA